UUACAGAAUGGACACCAGAGACCUGACUUUGGGGAUCUUCUUCCUGUCCCAGACUGUGCUGGGAUUGUUGGGCAACUCAAUCUUAAUUUAUUGUUUUAUCAUUGCUGACUUCUCUGGAAUCAAGGUGAAGCCCACACACCUGAUUGUCAAACACCUGACCUGGGCCAACUUCAUUGUUCUCUGCAGAGGAAUCCCACAGACCAUUGCUGCUUUUAGUCAGACUUACUAUGUAGAUUAUGUUUCAUGUAAACUUGCCUUAUAUUUUCAUAGAGUUGCCAGAGGAGUAUCCCUUGGCUCCACAUCCCUGCUGAGUGUCUUUCAAGCCAUCACCAUCAGCCCCAGUAAUUCUAAGUGGGCCCAGCUCAAGGUCAGAGCCCCCAGGAUCAUUGGUCCUUCCCUGGGUCUGUGCUGGGCCCUCCAGCUGUUGGUAUAUGUCUUCAUUCCUGUAUACACAACUGAUAUAAAGCAUGGGAGAAAUGUUACUCGUAUAAAUGAUUAUGGAUACUGUGUUAUUAUUAGUCGUGGAAGACUAAUCAGUACAUUUAUUGCAAUCCUACUGGCAUCCAAUGAUGCCAUCUUUUCGGGACUGAUGAUGUGGUCCAGUGGCUACAUGGUGUUUAUCUUGCUCAAACACAAGCAGAAGGUCUCACACACCCACAGAUCCCAAUCUCCUAGGUCAUCCCCUGAGACCAGAGCCACCCAAAGAAUCCUCACCCUAGUGAGCAGCUUCCUGCUCUUCUAUGUUACCUCUGUUGUCCUAACAUCUUAUCUCUCUGUCCUUGAAGGAACCACUAAGUGGCUGUCCAAUGCCCUUGUGGCCAUGUCUGCAUGCUUCCCAGCACUCUGCCCCUUUCUGCUCAUCAACCACUACACCUCAUUUUUCAGGCUCUGCGAUACAUGUUGUUCAUGUCAGAGAACACGCUGUACUUGUGUAGUCAGAGAGCUCUAA